AUGUCAAUGAACAUCUUUCGUCUUGCAGGAGACCUGUGUCACCUAGCAAGCCUUGUCAUUCUUAUACUCAAGCUGAAGUUGUCGAAGAACUGUUUGGGUAUAUCAUGCCGUAUGCAGGAACUGUAUUUCAUCGUAUUCGCAUUCAGGUACCUGGAUCUAUUCGUCUACUUUAUCAGCUUCUAUAAUACCGCUAUGAAGAUACUGUUUUUGGCAACCACGGGAUAUACAAUAUAUCUCAUACGACAAUGCCCACCAAUCUCCCAAACAUACAACCGUAAAAUCGACCGAUUCCCAUACGAAAAGUACCUAUUGGGACCAAUGCUGUUGUUAACAUUAUUCACAACACCAAGAUACAGGCUACUCGACGUCACAUGGACCUUCUCAAUAUGGCUCGAGAGUGUCGCCAUACUACCACAGCUUACUAUGCUCUACCACCAGCGUGAAGUAGAGAAUAUUACUUCAAACUAUGUGGUCACAAUGGGACUAUAUCGCGCUCUAUAUUUGCUCAAUUGGGUAUAUCGCUACUUCUUCGAGAAUCCACCAUUUAUAUGUGGUGUCUGCUGGGUCGCUGGGCUCAUACAAACCAUGCUAUAUGCAGACUUCUUCUACUACUUUGCCAAGUCAAAGUGGUACGGUAAGAGGCUAGUAUUGCCCUUUACAGGGGAUGUUUGA